UACCACAUGACGUCAAGCUGAAAGAUCAAGGGAGGCUGAGGAGCACAUGUAAGGCUGCGACCCACACAUUUUUCCCCCACCUGAGUCUGUUCCCGUUACGAGCAUCACCCACACCGCAGCUAGCCAUGCCUGGACCCUUCAAGAAGCCCCGGGCGGUGUUCCCUGUGGAGGAGCACCCGCCUGAGGACAGUGACGAGGAGAUGGAGCAGGAUGAGAUGAUUGGACAGAGCGUGAAUGUAGACUUUGAAGGCUUCCCCGCCACUGAUGCAGACUUCCACGGCAUGAAGCGUCUCCUGCAGCAGUGUUUCCGAGGGUUAGAGGUGGACAUCUCAGGCCUCACUGACACUAUCAUCUCUCAAAAUUAUGUGGGUUCGGUUAUCAAGCAAGUUGAUGCAGAAGAAGAUGAUGAUGAUGAUGAAGAAGAGAUGAAUGAUGAUGGCAGUGAAGAGCAGCAAGUGUUUGGGGUCACAACUGUCAUUAACCUCACAGCAAGAAAGGACGAGGAGUGUGUGGCAGGGCUGAGGAGUGCGUUGGUGGAGAUGUGUUCAAGCAGUGGGCCAGACUCCACCACAGCACUCCUAAGGGAUAUACUGGGCAAUGAAAGCAAGCACGUGGGUCUCCUAGUGUCCGAGAGGCUUGUCAAUCUGCCUCCUCAGUUUGCCAUCCCUGUAUUUGAUUGUCUGAGGAAGGAGAUUAAUGAGGCGAAGAAGAAGAAGAUGCCCUAUGACUUUGCCUACCUGCUGUUGAUAUGCAAGGUGUACAAGUUAGAGAAGAAGAAGAAGAAGAAAACUGUGGAAACUGAACUGUGGGGAAACCCAGAGGAGGAAGUCAUAGCAGAGGAGUGUAAGGCAAGUUUCGAGUACAAUGUGAAGGGACAAGCCUCUAUAUCUGGCGAAUGGGAUGAAGAUGACCCAGAAUACACUCCCUACCGUCGCGUUCUUGUCCUCGAGGCCGCGAGACUCCCAGAAAUCAUUGCCAAGGUCAAACAGGCGGUGCAAUGAGGUUGAGUGCGGCUUUGACCUUUUGUGACCUCUUUCAUGUUGACCAUUGUGAAAAGAUUCUAUAUAAAGAUGAUGCAUUUUGUUUUUCUGUUUUACAA